GAAAGUUUGAACUCGCAGAUCAAAGUCUGAGGACAUUACUGUUAAAUAUUGAUGGAAGUCUUUAGGCUUCACACUGCUGGAAUAACAUCGGGCCCGCUACUUCCUCAGGAAACGUUCAAAUGGAUAAUGUGGAACUCAGUGACCCUCCGUGUGGCCUGGAAGAAGAGUUUAAUGCACUGCUCACUCCAGAUGCCAUCCAUUUUCUGGCUCAGCUCACUUCUGCAUUCAGUAUUGAUGUUGACAAGAUCUUGUGGCAUCGAACAGCACGAAAAGUUGAGCUUGACUUAACUAAUAACCGUCCUGAUUUUUCGCUGGACACUGCACAUAUUAGAAAUGACACAAGCUGGAGAGUAGCAGCUGUUCCCCGCAGACUCCAGAACAGACACGUGGAUAUUGGAGAUACAGCACCAUACCAAACAGAACGAUUCCAUAGAGCACUGAUGUCCUCUGCUCAGGGAAUACAGGUGGAUUUUGAUGAUGGUAACUGUCCGACAUUCUACAAUCAAAUCAAAGGGAUUUUUAAUGUCUACCAAGUCGUUCAUGGCAAGAUACCAGGUUUACCUCCAGUCUCUGAAGCCCCUGUGUUAAUGCUGAGACCAAGAGCUUGGAAUAUGGUAGAGCACAAUAUGCUGGUAAAUGGCAGGGAGAUCCCAGGCCCUCUCUUUGAUUAUGGUCUACUUAUGUACCACACCGGGAGAAGACUUUAUAAAAGUGAAUCCGGGCCCUUUUUCUAUUUAUCAAAGGUAGAAAGCUUUCUGGAGGCCAAACUCUGGAAUCAGAUAUUUGUCUGGACAGAAGAAAAGUUAGGUUUACCAGUCGGAAGCAUUAAAGCCACUGUGCUGAUUGAGAACGUACUGGCAUCAUUUGAGAUGGAAGAAAUCCUCUAUGAGCUGAAGGACCACUCUGCUGGUUUGAACUGUGGCAUUUGGGAUUACUCCGCCUCCUUCGUCAAUAAGUUUGGACAUCGGCCAGAAUUUUUGUUGCCAGAUCGCAGUAAGUAUGUGAACAUGGAGAAGCAUUUUCUCAAAAGUUACAUGGAUUUGUUGGUGCAAACAUGCCAUCGAAGAGAGGCCUUAGCUACCGGGGGAAUGGCUGCCCAUCUUCUGCCCAAAGACAAAGAGAGUGCAGAGUAUCAGAUUGUUACUGCAGCUGUUACACGGUUAAAGCUGUUUGAAAUAAAUGCUGGAGUGGAUGGAUUUAUGGUAUAUGACAUUGACCUGGUUGCACCAAUGCAAAGGCUUUUCCAGGAGCACACAAGUGGACCAAACCAGCUACAUGUCAUUCCAUCUGUGAAAAUCUCGCAGUCUGAUUUACUUAUAAUGCCUGCUGGAGGUGUCACACUGUUUGGCCUGAAGUAUAAUAUUGCUGUUGGUAUACUUUUUAUUGAUGCCUGGCUUAAAGGGGAAGGCCAUUUCUUCUAUUGUGGAAAAGUGGAGGACUCGGCAACGGCUGAAAUAUCUCGAUCUCAGGUCUGGCAGUGGAUAAGGCACCAGGUGAAAUUAGAGGAUGAUGACAGAGUGGUCACAAGGCGUCUGGUGCAUGCCCUUGUACAGCAAGUGGAGUGCCAGCUGGUCAAGGAGUCACAGCUCUCGGAGUUGCAGGAAAAGAGACUACAUACUGCAGCGGAAUUAUUUCUGGAAAUUGUUUUAAAAAGAGAUUUCCCAGAAUUCAUCACCACCUACCUGAAUUUGGAUCAUGCAUUCCUCAGUAACAAGUUCUGAUGGCAUGUGCAC